AUGAAGGGAUUAGUUUUGCAGCUAGCUUGGAGCUACAGUGAGGCUGAUUUUAGAGCGAACUUGGAGCAGAUUAAAGAAUGGGACUUUGUUGUUUACCAAGAUGUUAUGAAGCAAAAACCUGAAACUUGGUGCAGGGCAUUCUACAAGAUCGGAAACUACUGUGAAGAUGUGGAGAAUAACUCCACAGAAUCGUGGAACAGCACAGUCUCCAAAGCCAGAGAGAAGAUGAUUGUGCCUAUGCUUGAGACAAUAGCUAGGCUCACAAUGGUGUGUAUUGCGAAGAGAGAUGUCAUAGCCGGUGGACAUGAAAGCCUAUGCACUCCAUAUGUGAUUGAGUAUCUCGAGUAG